AUGGGGGAAGAGGUUCGCCCUCUUCGCCGCACGUCAGCAAGACGACGGCAUUCAAGGGAGUCAUCAGAAGGUGUCGACGAUUUUGAAGAAGAUGAUAAGGCUCACGCGAGUGUCUCAAUGUACGCCGUCAGUUGCCAACAUGUUAGUGGAAUCAGGUAUAAUGUAGCUCGUCACUCGGAUCCAGGAGGAUGCAGUCUAGGGGACUGUGCAGUGCGUUGCCAUGAAACGCGAUGUUUUUCCAUGGGAAGUAGUGCACUAAAGCCGCUCCGCUCACGUCUACUCUGCCCUCCUAAACUUUUCUUCCAUGUAACGCCACAAAUUCGCUAUGUUAGCGAAAGGAUUAUUGAAGUGUUCACAGCUAACAAUAAAGGAACAAUUGAGCUUCACCAUAUCCUUCACCCUAAUAUGCCUCGUUUCGUGGAAAAUAAUGUUGAAAAAAUGGACUUGACUGACGGGCUACCGCGUCAUCGGAUCACUGCCAGAGAUGUUAUAGAUCGAACACCAUUUUCGGUUCACGGCACAUUUCAUGGUAGAAUAGUCAUCGUUAAGGCGCUCUGUUCGUCGGAUACGGAGAAAUUGGCGUUACAAGAAGUCUCUCGAAGCGAAAAUCCUGUGAUGGCAACUAGAAUAAAUCAAUUGGAUAACUCACUCCUCGCAGCUACUGACUUCCAAUGCAUUCCUGCCCAAUGUUCUUUAUUUGUACUGGAUCUCGUCAGUCAAAGUAAUACCUCGAUUGAAUCACGUAGUGUAUUCAAAGCCAGAACGUGCUCUAAUAUGCUAGAUAUUUGUUGGCUUUGGGAUCAUCCUUCGCGUCUCUUGCUGUCCACUACAGAUAGCAUACGAUUAUUCGAUAUUCGUUGUCCUAGCCGAACUCAACAAGCUCUUUUCAUUAAUAAAGGCCUCACCCAUAUGGCAAGUAAUAGAUAUAGAACUCACAUAUUUGCUGGAUUUAAUGAUGAUGAAAUCCAUAUAUAUGAUAGCAGGCAACUUUUCGGUCCUAUUCAACAAAUCAAGAUCCAGCCUGAUGGUUCUGAUGGACUGAACUCUCUGCGAUGGAACCCCUAUAUGCCUUAUGAGUUGUUACUACAUUUCCGAGGCUCUUCAAGGAUACUUCGAUGUAAUGUCCAUGAACUUGGGUUCGAUCCAUUUCGCAGACGGGUUUCCGAGUCAUUCAAGCCUGAUGAUAUUUUUACUAUGGAGCAGAUUUGGGAGGGUGGCUUAUCACCCGAAGAUGUCGACCGGCGGAGUAAUACAUUUACUGGCGUGGACGACUGUUAUCCCCUUCUGAGCUACGGAGAGAUGUAUGACAAAUGUAAAGAGGAUCAAGAUGCACCAAUGCCACUGUGCUGGAUGACACCUGCACUUGAAAAGGCUUUUUAUUUUGAUGGACAGGAUGACUGCUCUAUAAGUACGGUUUUUGCUGAGCCGUCGCCGUCAGUGAGGCUGAGGCGUGCCAGUACUCCGCAUGAAGCAGACGAUUCCUUGCUAAGAGCAACAAAACUUCGUCGAUGCUCAGAUUCUGCUCUUAGUCAGAAACCUACAGGAGUGGACUUAAGUUUAAAAUCAUCCGGUCCGGUACAUGUUCUGACACCUCCGGUUCGAAAUAAUUCGCCAAUGGAGUUAAUUAGAGCCCGUCGAUUUCAACUGCUGGCCACCACCUCAUCAUCAACGCUACUAAAUCGGGUGUUGUAUGAGCAAACACGUUCAAAGCUAAUCGGUCGGCUAUCAAGAAGUCAAGAUAAUUUGUUGAAAGAGAACGAAACUUCACGGCGUUCGCUGCUGCUAGCGCGAUUGCGACGAAAAUCAAGCAGUUCUACCCUGCUGGAGAGAGCAGUAGAUGAGAAUGGCAUCGAUAACGAUCAGACUCCAGUUCCUGAACAAGUUCCUGUGCAGCACACAACUCAAAGGUCAGUGUCCUACGUGGCAGGUACUGCGAAAGCGGUCAACAACGAUGACAGAAUUCCUCAAGCGAUUGACUGCCAAAGAGAAUUCGAAAGAAUUUGUACUACUCAUAAGAGGAGGCUGUCUUCCCUUUUCGGCCGCCUUGGCAUAGAUUUCACCGAUGCGAAAGCUUUGAGUGAUUUGAAGAAACAUUUGGGAGUUGUGUUGAACAGUGAGCAAAAUGGCGGCUCAUCAACAUCUCACUCUAUUCGGAUUUAUCCUACUCGUGAUUCUGUAACUGGCAAGAAAAUCGAUAAUGGGCACAGAAUCAAGCUUAAACAUCCAAUUCGCUCGUACGACUUUGCACCUAUAGGAUACAGUGGAGUAUUAUGUCUCGUAGAAGGUCUAGCUGGAAUAUCAAAGUUCAUUUUUGCUCCAUUCAUCGCUCCUGAUGAAGGAUUCUCUAUCAAGCCAGAGUUGGUCAAGGUCUUUGAAGAAAUUCGUAUGUGGGAAGCGUUUGACUCUAUUCCUUAUAACCUGUAUCAAACAAUGAAACUGCGUCUUUACAAUGGCAUGGACAGGAUCGCUGAUCACAACGCGUUGUUAUCGAUUCUUCAAGCGCUGGCCGAACAUAUUCCCAAACGAUGGAUGCAAUGGAUAUUGAGUUCUGCGCGGAAGCAGCUUUGUUAUCGUGAAUUCGUUGAGCUGAGCGAUUUUGAUUACACGACCUCAGAUGGUGACGAACCGCCAAUUAUAGACAGGAUCCCUAUGAGCAGUAUAGGAAGCUCGUUUCCGCCAAAAAUAAACGUCAAAGGUUUACCUGGUAUUCUACAGUUGUGUACGCUGGAAAAAGAAGAAGACGUUUCUUGGCAGAAUUGUGAUUCUAGUCAUUUUGCUUUCAUCAGAGUUGCACGGUCGCCAGUCCGAAGAAUGAUACUGGAACCGUUCUGUUUGCCAGUGACUGAGGACAAGAUUGUAUCGGACGAUAAAUUUGCGGCCAGUACAGAUAUAUUGAAACAAAUGCCUGUGAUAUAUUUGUGUCUAAUUAAUGGAGAUACGAUACGAUUCAUCGAGUACACAUUAUUUAUACGACAUAAGCUUGGGAAGCCUGUUUUUACGGACAAUCCGUGCUCGUUCUUGAACGCUUUCUUCUUCUUCAGUACGAUUGUUUCAAGGUAUGUAAAUAAGAUUUCGUGUGCAACUAACAAGUCGACACCCAGUUAUGUAGCACGUCGCCUUCGUCUUGUGGAUAAAAUUGAAGCUUUUAUAAAGGAGCACAGUGAGUCACCUCUGCUGAAUCCACUAUUCAUUCCAAUGUUGUUGCUUUUGCAUGGUGAAUUAACAGCUACAUAUCCAGAGAAGUUCACGAGGGUUGUACUCGAGAGCAAGGCUAUGCCGUUAGGUCUUAAAGUCGCUUGGUGCGUUAAUCUGUUGAACUCCUCAAAGAUGAAGGAAGCUUUCGAUUUUCUUUUCCAACAGAGCAAAGGCAUGGACCGUUUACAGUUCGUUGGCCUUGGCCGGCAUCCGGACUCACUGCAUGUCCUUUCCGAUUUCUUGUAUGCAACCCAGGAUUGUCAAGUUUUCUCCCAUCUUCUCGUUGCUGGCCGGUGUUUGGAAGAGGACCAUCCCACGUUCGAUGAGAGCGAAUCAGAUGAUUGUUCCAAGUCCGACCUUGAUAUGGACAGCUUGAAGGAUCCGUCUGCUACGAACAUCCCGUCUUUAGUCGCCAUGUUUCCCAAGAGUUAUCUACAUGCCGAACGGGAUAUGCCAGACUUCCUGCAUCUCGCUCGAGCCGAACUCUGUCGGUACUCGUUUAUUUUACAACGUAUGGAACGAUUCUGUUUCCGACGGAAACUGCUGAACCUAGUGCCUCGGAUCUACUGGCCGGAUUUCAAGACAUCAGUGGACAUUUCCUGCACGUUCUGUGGUUCUAGUUACGAAGUAGCGCUACGUAACGCCGAAUCGAUGAUAAAUGAUCAGAUGUUACAAGUACGAUCACGAUCGGGUGUAGCACGAACGACUACAAGUCGAUCUUCUGGCUCCGUCAGUAGUAACAUGGCGUCAUUGUCGCUUUCGUUGUCAUCAACUGGACAAUCAGAUUCUGAAUCAAGCGUUGUCGGUGUUACGCCGACAACUGAAUCUUAUUACGAUUAUAAUGGAGUUGAUGGUGGCACAGAAGCUGAGGUUUGUAAUUCGCUUAUCACUUAA